AUGGAUUCGGAAAGCUCGCAGGCGGGCUCCACACGGCGAAGAGGCUCAUCGCUGGUGCAACAGAUGAUUAACGAAGAGCGCAUCGGCAUCCGGAGAGCCAGUCCAAGAAGAAUGCCUUCCGACAUUCCCGAGGCCGCCCACGCCGAGUCACCACAUGGCUACGAGGAAGAGGAGACCAACCCUGUUUCGUCAGGCUCUGACUGGGAGAUGGACGACAUUCGAUCCGACGACGGCUUGGAAGACGAUGAAGAGACGGGCUUGACGGUCCAGGAUCGCCAGAAGAGAACGAAACGGAAGAGGCGGAAUACAAUGGCAGACGAGAGGAUUGUGCCAGAAAGCGAGGUUAGCAAGGAAGAAGAACGUCUGGCCUCUGCAAGCUUCAUGCGCGACGCUAUCAUAAACUGCAUACUGAUAGGACUGUGGUACACCUUCUCAAUAUCCAUUUCUGUCUACAACAAGUGGAUGUUCUCAAAAGGCAACCUCGACUUCCAUUUCCCUCUUUUCACCACCUGCGUACACAUGCUUGUCCAAUUCCUCCUUUCAUCACUCGUCCUGUUCUUCAUCCCCAAUUUACGACCCAAACACAAACCUGCCGACUAUACGCCAAUCUCACAGUCAGGAGACGGAGAGAUGGUUGAUGCACCUCGAAAACCGCUCAUGACUGGCUGGUUCUACCUGACCCGCAUAGGACCUUGCGGCGCAGCUACUGGCCUCGAUAUUGGUCUCGGAAACAUGUCACUCAAGUUCAUAUCCUUGACUUUCUACACAAUGUGCAAGUCGUCCGUGCUGGGCUUCGUACUGGUCUUCGCCCUGCUCUUUCGACUGGAGCAACCAUCAUUGAAAGUUGGAGCUAUUAUCCUUACUAUGAUGGCCGGUGUAGUCAUGAUGGUGGCGGGAGAAACAGCUUUUAGCGUCCUCGGAUUUAUACUGGUCAUGAGUGCAGCAUUCUUCUCAGGCUUCCGCUGGAGUUUGACACAGAUUCUGCUUCUUCGCAGCCCGGCGACAAGCAACCCCUUUUCAUCAAUUUUCUUUCUUGCGCCAGUCAUGUUUGCGGCAUUGCUUAUCAUUGCAUUACCAGUUGAGGGACCAAUAGAACUCGUUGGAGGUCUGCACGACUUGGCAGAGUCCAAAGGUGUUGGCGGGUCUGUUGCGAUUAUCCUUUUCCCCGGAGUGCUCGCCUUCUUGAUGACAGCGUCAGAAUUUGCUCUCCUCAAGCGCACCAGUGCAGUAACGCUGAGCGUAUGUGGCAUUUUCAAAGAGGUGUUGACCAUCUCGGCCGCCGGACUCAUUUUCCACGAUAAACUUACGACCAUCAACAUCUCUGGUCUGGUGGUAACAAUUGCCAGUAUCGCAGCUUAUAACGUCAUGAAGAUGCGAACCAUGAGAGACGACUCAAAAAGAGAUGCGCAUGAGCAGAUGGCAGCAGAAGAGUCAAGACGCUCAAUCGAAGACACUAGUGGCAAGGCUAGCAAGGAGCAUAGCAGGAAGGCGAGCACUGCAGGAGGAUUGAUCAGAAACAGUAUCAGUCUCAACAUUGCGCCCCUGCUCGAGCAAAACAGCAAAGACCGAGCGAGUCCAGUCAAGAGACCGGAGGACCUCGAUUAG